AUGCCUACAGCUUCUGCACCUUCUGCAUGCUCAACUGCUGUCAUAUCAGUGUCUAGCUCUAAUCAAACUCCCACAACUCUACCAACGUCUACUGCAGCUACACCCUCUUCUUCCGGCUCCACUACCAUCAUAUCGGUGUCUACCUCUGGUCAAUAUGCCACCACUCCAUCAACGUUUACUGCCUCGACGUCUAGCUCAGCGUCAACCGAUUUAUUAAUAUCUACUACAGCCACUACAACCUCUUCUAUUGUCUCAACUACAUCUACUACAUCAAUGUGUGCUGGCUCACCUAUUAUAUCAACUACCAACCUAUCAAAAUUCACUAUAAUUACUAUACCCCCUACAACCUCAACGCCUAGCUCCUCCUUAACCACCACUACUUUAUUAGCGUUUACGACAACCUCUUCUGCUGGCUCAACUAUUACCAAAUCAAGAUGUAAGGGCCCAACCACCACACCACCGCCUCCUGCUGCCUCGACGUCUAAACUCGCCUCAGUUACCACUCCAUCAGUUUUUACAGCCAUUCUAUCAAUGUCUAGCUUUGACCGACCCACUACCGCAUCAUCAAAAUGUGCUGGUGCUACUUUUGCAUCAGUUUCAACUGUCUCGACUAUUACAUCACUCCCUUAUACCGCCUCAACACCGUGCCCUGUCUCAAAUUCAGUCGAGCCAAUUACGACCAUUAACUCAACGCGUGCAUCCGAUCCUGUUAGUCAUAACAAACCGACUAGUGUUACCAAGUCGGACAAAGGUACAAAAAAUCAUUACCGCCCCAAGCACCGUCAUCAUCGCCACGCCAAAGUUAACAAACAUCAUAAAGUCAAAGGCAAAAAACAUCACAUUGAAGACAAAAAACAUCAUCAGAUCAAAGACAGAAAGCAUCACCACAGAAAAAUAAAAAACAAUCCUCACACCAAAGACAACGAUGAUUGUAAGACAAAAAACAAAUAUCGUCACAAAAACAAUCAUUAUCACUCCAAAGAAAACCACUACAAAAAGGAGCAUUAA